CUUUAAUUGCGACUUGGUUGCGAGGUGUCUACCGCCCCUCAUUAAUUCUCACUCAUUGCCAGAUGAUAAAGUAAUAGAAGGGGAUUGAAAAAGAAGAAAAAGGCAGAAGAGGAAAUAAUAUUGGGGUGCAGUCUGGGGAUGAGAUUAGAGUGCUAGGAGAAGUUAUAUAUUCUAAAAUUCGGGACCAUGGCUGCUACUAGCCAACGUCGAGUCGCUAAGGAACCAUUUCGAAUCCAUCGCGACGAAGCCGUGGGCGAAACGUCAGAUGUUGAGGAAUCCGCACAAAGGCGCACUCGACGAGCUGAAGAUGACUACGAGAAUCACGAAAAUCACGAUGACCAUGACGAACACGAAGAUCCAUUAGAAGAGGCUGAAGAGGAAGAGCAAGAGAACCCUCUCAUCGACGACGACGGCAGCGAUACCGAAUCUGAUGAUACCGAUGAUAUCGAUAUGAGUGUCCAACAUGACAUGGACAAACUUCAAGCUACAUUUCCCGAUUUUAAGGAUAAGUAUCGCCUAAUAAAGCGUAUCGGCGAAGGAACCUUUUCUACCGUCUACAAGGCCGAAGAUAUCCAGUAUCAUCAGUACGAGAAUAGUUGGGAUUUAGACGCUGCGGAUAAUCAAUGGCGACCUCCCCCUCUUAGAGGUGCUUCUCGUUCUCGAUCUCGAUCCGGCUCCCACUCUUCCCGUACCCACCAGAAGCCAAAAUUCGUGGCAAUCAAGAAGAUCUAUGUCACGUCUUCUCCCGCCCGUAUUCUCAACGAACUCGAACUUCUCCAUGACCUACGCGAUUCCAAUUCCGUAUGUCCCCUUAUUACAGCUUUCCGACACGCCGACCAAGUUCUCGCCGUCCUUCCAUACUUCCGUCACCAAGACUUUCGAAAAUACUAUCCCCAAAUGACUGUAUAUGAUAUGAGAGUGUAUUUUCGCUCACUUUUCACUGCUCUUGCUGCCGUCCACGAGAAGGGGAUCAUCCAUCGCGAUAUCAAACCUACCAAUUUCCUCUACGACCCGGAUAAGAAGCGGGGAGUCCUAGUGGAUUUUGGUUUGGCAGAGCGAGAAGGACUAGAGACCAAACCGUGUCUCUGCCAAGAAGAUCAAAAGAUUAGGAAGCAGAGAUUGCAACAGUCCGUUGCUUUUAACUCUGCCCAGGCAGGUCCCCAGCUAGGGUAUCCUACAAAUGAUACACGACCCUCUCGUCGGGCAAACAGAGCUGGUACACGUGGAUUCCGAGCUCCCGAGGUGUUGUUCAAGUGUACGGAACAGACGACCAAGAUCGAUAUCUGGUCCGCGGGCGUCAUCCUUUUAACUAUCCUCUGUAGACGUUUUCCCUUCUUCAACAGCGCGGAUGACAUCGAGGCCAUGAUCGAAAUCGCCACCAUAUUCGGCUCUAAGCGCAUGAAGCACGCAGGCCAGCUUCAUGGCUGUAUGUUUGAAACUACUAUUCCGACCAUUGGUGAGAGAGGCUUUAGUUUUGAGAAGAUCAUGCUGUGGAGCACAUGUCGGAGCGACGGUGGCAAGGACGGGAAGUCGAACACCCUAACCGAAGAAGAGAAGGGGGCUAUCGAGUUCUUAACGAGAUGUAUGGAACUGGAUUCAAACAGAAGAAUCAGCGCAAAGGAGGCGUUGAGACACGAGUUUUUGCGAGUGGACGAGGAACCCGACGUAGAGCCUGAAACGGAGGACGACGUAAUGAUGUUAUGAUAGCUCUUUGGAGAUGUGGUCGACCUUGACAGUGUUUCACGUCGCGCGAUUAAUGAACGCCCUCGACUUUCUAGCAACGCCACGAUUUCGACGAACUUUCACCCCUGCGAACGAUUACCAUAGUCAACUAUACGAAGUAGACACGAGCUAUGCCUACCGCGAUCUACCACCACCGAGUGGCAGUAACCACUUUGCCCCAAUGCUACCUUGUACAUAGCUAGGAAUGGUAUUUGGCAUUUAUGAACAGAUCUCGAGGGUAUACCGCUCAUCUCAGAUCACCAUGUACCAUACUCAUUGCGGCAAGAGUCGUCAAUCAAGCUCUCGUAUAAGAAGAGCGAGCAUCAUCGGUGCUCAUAAGUCUGGUUGGGCAAUACCAUCCAGCAUCCGUACAGUAUAGUAUAAUAUACUAUUAAUUCGAUAUAAAUCA